GUUUCGUGUGCGUGAAACGUCGAGCAGUCGAGGGACAAACAGGAUUUGAUUGUGGCGAGGACUGACUUUUACCGUUGUUACUGUUAUAUAAUUUCGUUUUCGCUGGGUGUCUCGGCGGCGUGUUCCCUCUUCUGUUGAGUUACCAGCCGUUCACAUCGGAAUGGCCGAACCGAGCGCCCGGUAUCAUCAGCUGCCCAAUGAGGAGGACCCAGAAGAGAGUCCACAGGUAGCAGCUGACGCUCCACCUCCAUACAGCAGCAUCUCAGUGGACAAUGCUGCCUACUUUGACUUCAAAGAAGACGGGGCUUUCCCCAAGCCUCCAUCAUACAACGUAGCAACUACGUUACCUUCCUAUGAUGAAGCAGAAAGAACCAAGGCCGAGACUACUGUUCCCCUGGUAACUGGAAGACAGCAGCCUCAGCACAGGGAACGCCUGGAGACUUUUGACGAUGUAAUUCGCAGUUCACUGGAGGAUGAAGACUUUGUGACCAGAGACGACUUCGAAGAUGCUGAUCAGCUGAGGAUAGGAAAUGACGGCAUCUUUAUGCUCACUUUUUUCAUGGCAUUCCUGUUCAACUGGAUCGGUUUCUUCCUGUCCUUCUGUCUGACCACCUCAGCAGCUGGCCGCUAUGGGGCAAUCUCAGGUUUUGGCCUCUCCCUCAUCAAAUGGAUCCUCAUAGUCAGGUUCUCCACAUACUUCCCCGGUUACUUUGAUGGACAGUACUGGCUGUGGUGGGUGUUCCUGGUGCUGGGCUUCUUGCUCUUCCUUCGAGGAUUCAUCAACUAUGCCAGAAUCCGCAAGAUGGCCGACACCUUGUCCACCCUGCCCCGCACCCGAGUCCUCUUCAUCUAUUAAGCUCAAAAUCCAUCAGUUACCAUCAUCACUUUUUCCUCCUUUUUAAUGAGAUAUGCAGUCUGGCUUCAUCCAAUCAAAAAGGGAGGAAGAACUUUUUCUUUUUUUUUUUUCCUCUGCUCCACAUGAUUUGGACAAUAUGAUGAUUAUUGUCCCCUCUUGGUCUAAACUAGUGAAUGCUGAGAAAUCUGUAAAACCCUUCAGUUGUUAGUGGUGAACUGUCAUAUGCUAUUUGCAAUUAUGAAGUGUGUGAUGUAUAAAUUAAUGCCUUAUUUACUGUUUUACUAUCUGUUGGUAGCAGCAGCAGCAGCAGCAUACACUGUUCCCCCAUGUAGACACCAGGGGGCAGUCUUGUUUGUGUUAUUCCUUUCACCAGUCUCUGAUCUGAUCAUUUGUAUAGCGAGGUGCUUCUCAGCCCAGGGGUCAGUGGGUAAUUUUGGGAUUGUGGGUUGAUUUCAAGUACCAAUUUAAUGUGUAUUUAACCCUUCUGACCAAGCAUUAUGUCCCUUGUGAAAUAAGUAUAAAAAUCAGGUAAUACAAGCCUGAAAAGGGAAAAUUACUAGCUUUUUUUGGGGUUUGAGUUUCUGAGAAGGUUGAGGACCAUAUGAAUAGAAGAUCAGGGGCCUGGCUUCCCCUAAAGCAUCCCCCCCAUGCAUUCAUGAAUUGUCUAUGCUUACACACUGUAAUCAGUAAUACUUUUACUAAUAUAUGAUACAUGUAUGUCAGUAGAGAGCUAAAGCUGCAAUGUGAUUUCCAGGGGAGGCCAGAGCAGAGCUUCUUGGGCAGGUCGGGAAUCACUGCUUUGCUCAAGAGCACAAUGACAGAUGGAAUAAGUCUGUCUCUGGAUUCAGAUGUGCAAUUGGACGGUUGUGGUUAAAUUAAUGAUUCUGAUGCUCUCUCAGUCAUUGGCAUCCCAUUGGUUUUCCAAAGAGGAAGAAAUUAUUGUAUUGCCAGAUGUGAUUUGGAAACCCUGCCCUGUGAAGAAUUAAUGAAGUAAUAUAUUGAUACAGCAGAUCCCCCCCCUUUUUUUUUUACGUAACAAUGAAAUAUUAAAAGCGUCAUUCUUUUUAUGUUUAACCUCAGUCUAGUGGAAGUGGAAUGAUUAUUUUAAGUAUCUGGCUUGGAAAAUGUUUGGAAUUAAAGUGGAAAAAGUACA